UCGCCCCCUACAGGAAAUUAAUUGAGCAUUCGACACGAAACGUUUGUAUUCUUGGACUUGCACCCUAAUAAUGUCAUCCAGGAAGGCUAAAGUAUCGUCAUCUGAUUCACACUCCGAGGAAGAACAAACUCCGCAAGCUUCUAGUUCUUCUGAUUCAGAAUCUAGUAGUUCAGAAGGAGAGAAUGCGAAGGAAUCUAGUUCAAAUUCUGAGUCAGAAAGUGCUGAAAGUUCUUCAGAAGAAGAGCAAGAGGCUGGGGCAAAAAAUAGUCUAGAUUCUCCUUCAACAAGGGUCUCAUCUGGGAGAAAAUCUACCUCACCACAUGUAAGAAAAACAAAAGCUCAGGAUUCUAGCCCUGGUUCUUCGCCAUCCUCAUCUCCUAAAGCUAAGAAAAAGACAAGGCAUGACAAAAAUGUUGGUAGUCCUGAGCAGGGAAAAAACAAAGAAAAUGUUGAAAGGAAUGAAAGAAAAAGGAAAAAAGAGUCAGUUUCUCCUACACCUAAGAGAAAAAGAUAUAGCAGGGAAAGACAAUUUCACAGUCCUACUGUUGAUAGAAUCAAAAAAGAAAAAAUAAGUGAUGAUGAAGAACCAAAGUCAGAUUGCAGAGUUCAAGAUGAACUCAUUCAUAAAAGAAGACUCAAGGAUUCUCAUAAAAAAGGUUAUAAACAUGAUAGUCCAAGUAUUGACAGAUCUCCCGAGAGACACAGACAUUACCGUCACAGAGAGCAGGAAAGGGAUGGUAGAUCCCACAGAAGAGAUGAAAUUAGAGGCCGGGAUAGAGACAGAGAAAGACACAGGGACCAUAGAAACCCACAUGAUGAUCAUAGGGAGAGGCAUAGAGGGAGAAAGGAUCAUAGAGAUCAUAGGGAUGACAGAGAUAAUAGUAGGGGUGAUGCAAAAAAAGACCGCUAUGGGAAAUGGGAGAGCAGUCAACAUGAGGGAUCAAGGCAGAGAGAAAGAGAACGUGACAACAGCCAUAUGAGAGAACAGAGAAGGGAUAGGGAAAGAAAUGAUCAGCAAAGAAAGGAUAAUAGAAAUCGGCGUGGAAAUAACCCUUUCCAAAAUAGUGCUGAUGAUGGAAUAGAAUAUGGAAAACCUGCUGGUGACAAAAAGGUGGAGAACAAGGCAGAACCAGAAGACAAGGCUAAACCAGACUUUGGUUUAUCAGGAAAGUUAACUGAGGACACAAACACUUUCAGAGGUGUAGUCAUCAAGUACAAUGAACCAGCGGAGGCUAGAAAGCCAAAAAAGCGCUGGAGACUGUAUGUAUUCAAGGGAUCUGAAGCAUUGCCGGUAUUACAUGUGCAUCGUCAAAGUGCCUACCUCAUGGGACGGGACCGUAAGGUGGUUGAUGUGCCGGUUGACCACCCAUCUUGCUCCAAGCAGCAUGCUGUGUACCAGUACAGGCUUGUUGAUUUCCAGCGUCCUGAUGGAACAAUGGGGAGAAGAGUAAGGCCUUAUAUAAUAGAUCUCGGAUCAACAAAUGGUACUUAUGUGAAUAAUCAAAGGAUUGAGGCACAGAGGUAUUAUGAGCUAAAGGAGAAAGAUGUGCUGAAGUUUGGUUUUAGCUCCAGAGAAUAUGUCUUGCUCCACGAGAAGACAGACACAUCAGAACUGCAUGAGGAUGAUGAGGGAACAGAUGGAGAAAGUGAUGGUAGCUGAUUUAAUGACUGAGAAAAUAAAGCAUUGCCUCACUAGCAUUUGGAUCUGAAAGUUGAAUUGAAUAAUGCAAUAUGAGGUACUUGACUGCUAUGUCAGAUAAUGUUGCUUUUUGACUUACCCCAUGAAAUGUCCGAAUUAGCUAUAAUUUGUAUCAUAUUUGUACUGCCACUACAUGCAACAGAUCAGUAACAUGAAAACAACAUUCACUAGCUAUUUUGGAACCAUUAUGAAAUAUGGAGAGACUUUAUGAAAGAGCCAAAGUAUUGAUGAAUCACUGCUAUUGUCUUGUAAUUACAUUAUCAGCAUUUUAUAUGUAUUAAAGCCAAUUAUUUUUGGUGAAAAAACAUCUAUUUGUAUCCUCUAUUUUAAGUGAAUUGUUUUCAUUAAAAACGUUUUACAGUGGCAGCCAUAACUAUUUACAUUAGUUGCUUUAGAUCCUGAUCUCUUUUAUUGACAGUGAUAUGUAAAUUUCUUCUGACAAUAAUAUUGAAAACCACAUGAAAAGAAAAUGGAGGAUUUACAUAUGUAACAUUCAAUUUACAAUACAUGUAGAUGACUUGUUUUAUGGCCAUCGAGACUGAUCAGCACUCAACAAUGACUGAAGAGAUAUUGAUAAUGUCAGUGUGUCAACAUCUGGAAUGUCAUUUAGUUUGUCAUUAUUAUAAUAAUUAUUAUUAUUGAUUUGUGACCCUCAUACUUGAAAAAAAAACUGUCCAUGUAUAACUUGUACAAACAAAGAAGUGUUUUGUUUCUAAGAUUAUAAAUCUGAUUUUGUUUUUCAUAUAGGUGUAUGUAAAGGCAAAUCCAGAAAAAAAAAGGGGGACUCAAGGGUUCACUCCAUCCAAAAUCAGUCAUUUGCUCUCCUUUUGGGGAAAAAUAAAAAACUCCACAUGCUUGAAUUAUUAUUAUUGGGAAUAAGAACUGUUGGACCAACAUUUUAAACCUCAACCUACUUACCUGGUAUCCUGGAUUUGCAAGUGGGUUGGUAGGAGGAGGAAACAGCCAUUUAUUUAAUUGUAGAAGUAGAGAUUUUCAUGUAGACUACUUUCAAAUUUACAUGAAAAUAUAGAGAAGCCCCUGGAUAGAUGAAGUCAAACUUAUUGAGCUACUGAAAA